UAUGACCAUCGUAUACUACUCAGACUCGGCACCUGGACAUAUCGGUUUGGCAAGUCAAGCGGAAAAUCAGGUUUCCGCUAGACUUGAGUAUCUCGCCGAAGGCAACGCAAACAUUGUUUACUCCUUCAAACAAGUUGCCAACAACGAUAUCCCGCAUGGCUUCCGCCAUAAGCUUUUGCGAUUGAGGAAAGACAAGUCCUUUAUUCAACCCACAAAGUCCCAAUUUGCGACUUUCCAACAAGAGUUUGUUCCACUGUUUCGACCUGAGAACCUUGUAGAGCAAACAUUGGUUACGUUGAAUGAAACAGUCAUCAGAGAUCUCAACCGGGAGCUUGGAGAGCAUGAGAGUACAAAAUCUCGAAAGAAUUUGCGACACGGUGAUCGAUUAGCGACGGAUGAGUAUGGCUUACUAAUGACUGACAUGACUGCUCGUCAUGGCGAAUUCCUGUUUGAAAUCAAGCCCAAGUGGUUACUACAAUCACCUGAUGCCCCUGAUGGCUCGAUAAGAUGCAGAACUUGUGCUUUGAGGCUACAAAGGACUCAUGCAGCGGCUCAAGGCGCCGUGAUACCGAAAGCAGGCGGAUUCUGUCCUCUUAGUUUGAUUGACGACGACAUCCAAGAAAGACAACGGGCUUUCAAGAGCAUUAUCGAAGCACAGGCUGAUGACUUACCCAACGAUUCUGUCGUCAAGUUCCUGUCUGAGAAGGGGUACCGUGUUCUGGAGACUCUUCGCAAGAACCAGGCACGAUUCGAUAAGCACGGUCUACUGAGCUCAAGCGUG